CGCGACGAUGUCGUGCUCAACCAAUAUGGCCACAGUUAAAAUGGCCGUAUCCCACUCAUUUAUCAGCCAGUCCACCAUCAUAAAUCUCGCACCGUGUCAUGGCAAACAUACCUCAUGGUGGUGUCCUGAAAGACCUCAUAGUCCGUGAUCGUCACCUACAUGAUCAACUGCAACAAGAAUCGGGCUCGCUGCCAUCGUUUACCCUUACUGAGCGCCAGUUAUGUGAUCUUGAGCUUAUCAUGAAUGGCGGGUUUAGUCCCCUGGAGGGUUUCUUAAACCAAAAAGACUAUGAAUCUGUCGUAGAAAACCUUCGUCUUUCUGAUGGACUUCUGUGGCCGAUACCUGUCGUACUUGAUAUUUCGGACACAGAAAUUGAACAUCUUGGCAUCAAACAAGGCUCCCGUUUAGUUCUUCUCGAUAGACGGGAUGAUGCGGCACUCGCCAUUCUAACCGUCGAGGACAUUUAUGCUCCGGAUCUUACCAAGGAAGCCAUCCAUGUCCUAGGAGAUGAUGAUAUUGCCCAUCCCUCGGUAGCCUAUCUCCAUCACCGAGUACAAAAUAGGUAUAUAGGAGGGAAAGUCCAGGCCAUCCAACUACCCACUCAUUAUGAUUAUGUUGACUUGCGAUACACACCGUCCGAACUCAGGGCACGAUUCGCUAAAUUGGCGUGGAAAAAGGUCACUGCCUUCCAAACUCGUAACCCUAUGCACAGGGCCCAUCGGGAACUUGUCGUUCGUGCCGCUCGUGAAAGCCGGACCAAUGUUCUUAUCCACCCUGUUGUUGGCUUGACCAAGCCCGGCGAUGUGGACCAUUACACACGUGUUCGUGCGUACCAAGCGCUCCUUCCAUCUCUGCCGCCAGGGCUGGCCGUCCUAUCGCUUCUUCCGCUCGCGAUGCGCAUGGGGGGUCCACGAGAGGCUCUGUGGCAUUCAAUCAUCCGCAAGAACUUUGGCUGCACCCAGUUCAUCAUCGGGCGCGAUCACGCCGGCCCUGGGAAAAACUCCAACGGCCAAGACUUUUAUGGUCCGUACGACGCGCAGAUCCUCGUGAGCAAAUAUUCGGAGGAGCUAGGUAUCCAAAUGGUCCCAUUCAAGAUGAUGACUUAUUUGCCGGACGGGGACGAAUACAUGCCCGUUGACGAAGUUCCGGAGGGCGCCCAGACACUUAACAUUUCUGGUACUGAGCUGAGGAGGCGAUUGCGCACAGGAGCCUCGAUUCCAGAAUGGUUUAGCUACCCUGCUGUGGUGAACGUGCUUCGCGCAAGCUACCCUCCACGCACGAAGCAAGGAUUCGUCCUGCUCCUAACUGGCUUGCACAACUCGGGACGCGAUACUGUCGGUCGAGCUCUUCAAACCAUUCUCAAUCAGCAUGGUGCCAGGAGCGUUAGUCUACUCCUUGGCGAGACAGUCCGCUCGGAGCUCAGUUCAGAACUCGGCUUCUUGCCCAGCGACCGACACCGUAAUAUUCAACGCAUCGCUUUCGUUUCCGCAGAGCUGGCUCGGGCAGGCGCAGCCGUUAUCGCGGCACCUAUUGCACCGUAUGCGCACUCGCGAGCGGCCGCUAAGCAAACUAUCGUUACGAAUGGUGGCUCGGGGGGUAAUUUUUUCCUCGUUUAUGUUGCCACGCCGCUAGAAUAUUGCGAGAAAACUGAUAGAAAAGGAACAUACAAGAAGGCUAGAGCUGGAGAGAUUCAAGGCUUCACUGGAAUUGACGAUGUUUAUGAACCACCGACCGAUGCAGACAUCGUUGUAAAUGUAGAGACUCAAUCUAUCCCGGAGAUAGUUCAUUCAAUUGUGUUGAUGCUCGAGGCUACGGGGUUGUUGUAGACCCAACUAGCGAGUCAUGUGGUCGUAUCUUGCCGGCUCGGCGUGGAUAAAAGUAGGGAUCAAAACUAUGACACAACCCAACAUUGAGCACGGUCCUCCACCUCCAAGUAGUCUGACAACCGUAACGACCUCAUCUCUCCCUUCAGGGAACAACAAAUCCAG